AUGGAAAGCAAUGUUGUCGUUGGUCCCCAAGCAGCCGACAUGACUGACUUUCCACCACCAUCUGAGGAGGAAAAGGCGACCCUCAGACGCGUACCUGACGGCAUUCCAUGGUUGACAUUUGUACUCUGUUUUGUCGAGCUGGCCGAGCGCGCUUCUUACUAUGGAGUUCAGACAAUCUUCAACAACUUCAUGCAAUUCCCAUUACCAGAAGGGGGUGAUGGUUCCGGUGCUGUUGGGCCCAACGAUCCCAACGGCCAUGCUGGUGCUCUGGGAAUGGGGCUGCAGUUUGCGUCGGCUUUUGGAAUAUUGUUCACAUUCUUGGCCUACGUGAUUCCCUUAUUUGGUGCCUUCAUUGCAGACACCAAGCUUGGCCGAUACAAAACUAUCGUCAUUGGCGUGGUCAUUGGGGGAGUUGCCCAUUUGAUCAUGAUUGUGGGCGCUGCUCCAUCAAUUUUGAGAGCUGGAAAGGGCAUGGCACCGUUCAUGGUGUCGUUUUUUCUGCUCGCCAUAGGCGCUGGCAUCUUCAAGCCGAGUGUAGCUCCAACCGUCCUCGACCAGUAUACGCAUCAGUUCCAGUACACGAAAGUGCUCAAGACUGGGGAGAAGGUCAUCGUGGAUCCUGAGCAGACAAUCCAACGCAUCAUGCUUGUGUUCUACGCAAUGAUCAAUCUUGGAUCAUUUUUUGCCAUCGCCACUACCUACACCGAGAAAUAUGUUGGCUUUUGGGCUGCUUUCCUUGAACCUGGGAUCGUAUACUUCUUGUUACCGGUUGUACUGGCUCUUGUGUACAAGAAAACCAUCAAGAAGCCACCCAUGGGGUCUGAGCUAACCGAAUUCAUUAAAAUUACCGCCUGUUAUGUAAAACAGAGCAAAGGUAGAUUCUGGCGAAAGGAUACAUGGGAAAAAGUACGGCCAGCGAGGAUGGCAGAGCAAGGAGUCAACGUCAGUUGGUCUGACACGGCUGUAGAUGACGUGCAGCGUACGCUUUCUGCAUGCGCGGUCUUCUUCUACUUUCCCAUUUACAACAUAAACGAUGGAGGAGUCGGGGCCGUCAGCUCAAAUCAGGGAGCGGCCAUGGUCACCAACGGAGCUCCGAAUGAUCUCCUGGUCAACUUCAACUCGUUGGCCAUUAUCGCUUUUACACCGUCCGUCACAUACAUCUUAUACCCAUUCUUGGCCCGAAGAAAAGUCAGAUUUGGGCCGAUGGCUCGCAUCACCGUUGGAUUCCUGAUUGCUGCCACGUCAGGAAUCAUCGGCGGCCUGGUUCAAUGGCGGGUCUAUGCUACAUCGCCAUGCGGAUACAAUGCAUCAACUUGCGAUGAGGUAUCUCCUCUCUCCAUUUGGUGGCAAAUUCCGAAUGUUACGCUGGGAGCGAUCUCAGAAGUCUUCAGCAAUGUGACUGCUUUCGAGCUGGCAUAUGUUCGUGCUCCGCCUCAUCUCAAGGCAGUGGUCUACGCGAUAUUUUUCUUUACCUAUGCUCUCUCAAGCGCAUUGAGCUGGAUUGUGCUUCCUGCCAUUGUCGAUCCAUAUCUUAUAUGGGCUUGGUGUGCACCAGCGAUUGCCCUUUUUGCCCAGACGGCCAUCUUCUGGUACCGACAUCGACACAUGGACGAGGAAUCGUAUAUAAACAAAGACCACGAGGCUGAAAAUCACGCAGUAACACUCCAGAAGGAGGAAAGAAUUGGGAAACUUGAGGAUACUAGUUAA